AUGCCCGUGGACCUGGCCGUGCGGCUCUGCCUGAGCCACUCGCCCCCCAUCCGCAAGCUGCUGAACUCCUACGAGGAGCUGCGGGGCAACCGAGGCCGUAAACCCCUCCGAUCCUGUCUCAACCAGAAGCUGAGUGCAGAACCUGAGCCAGAGCGGCGAGACAGUAGCAAGAGCUGCAAGAGCCAGAAGAAGAAGCGGGUUGUUUUUGCUGAUAUGAAGGGGCUCUCAUUGACAGCUGUCCGCUUCUUCUCAAAGAUUGAGGAGGACCUCUGUGAUUUGCAGCAUGCCCUGUCAGACCUUGCCUCUUUCCAACCUAGGCUGUGGGACUUCCGCCCAGAAAUGUGCAGGUAUGUGCUGGACUUCCCACAGCCGUCUGCAAACUAUGUGGCUUUCCGCAACAGCCUGCACAGCAACUUUGUCUGCCUGGAGAGCUGUCUGAUUCAGGACCGUGCUCUGUCAGGGACAGUGAAGGUUAGAAACAUCGAGUACGAGAAGAAAGUGAUGGUCCGCAUCACCUUUGAUGGCUGGAAGAGCUUCCGGGACAUCUCUUGCCAGUACAUGCACAGCACCUAUGGCUCAGCUGAUACAGACAUCUUCUCUUUUGAGUUUACCCUGCCCAAGCAAUCCAUUUCCCAUAGGGGCACAGAGUUCUGCAUCUCCUUCCAGUGUGGACAAAAGACCCACUGGGACAACAACCACGGGAAGAACUACAAGAUCCGCCAUGUGGGCAUGAUGUGCCCUGCUUCUCAUGCUGUCAAGAGUGCCAGCAGGGCUUGGGAGCAUCUUGGCACCUCUGGGGCUGCUGCUCUAGUUCUUUCGCAGCUGCAGACCUGGCGGCAUUCAGAGACCCAAGCUCCUUAUUGGUAGGAAGGCAGUGCGGGGAGAGAUGUAGGUGCCCUCCCUGUCCCAGCUGGUACAAGGGCUGCUCAAGGUUUUGUUAGCUCCUUCAUGGUCUGAUGCUCUGCAGCUGCCAGUCUCUGCAAAAGCGUCUUCACAUCUUGCUGCUGCUACAGAGGCUGGAAGCUGCUGCUUGAAGUAACUCCUACAUGUAGGUUCUCAGGGCAACAGGAGAGUAGGGGAGUGACAAGGGAGCGGCUGUGGGCUGGGCCCGCGGCCGUGUCUGAGCCAUCCCGGGGCCGAUGCUGCCCAAGUGCCUUGUGAGGAGGGUCCUGGCGCUGCCGGGGCCUCCCGCUGCAGGCGCUCUCCAAGCCGCGGUCCCGAGACGGACUCACAGCGGGGUUGCUGGGCCGGGAGCGCGAGGUGCCUCACCUCGUUGGUGCUGUAACGGGGAGUUAAUAAAGUGACGGCGCUUCGCGA